AUGAUUAAAGAUAUGAAGACAGGAGAUUGUUAUAGAGCAGAUAAAUAUUUAGAAGAGUUAAUAGAUAAAGAAAUAGCAAAGAUAAAAGAAAACGAUAAAUUAAAUGAUGAAGACAAGCAAGAACAAAUAAAAGAAUUAGAAAAAAUACAAAGACAAGCUGAUGCAUACACCGCAGAUGAAUUAAAUAAACUCUUCACACGUUUUCGCGCAGUUUCUCCUGAAGGUAAUCCUUUGUCUUAUCCUUUUCCUUUUAACUUAAUGUUUUGUUUAAAGCUAGGGCCGAAGGAUGAAGCAACAACUAAUACUCCAAGCACCAGCAGCAGCAGCAGCAGCAGUGAACUGCAGCAAGAAGACAAACGCGAAGCAUCUCCCCAGCAGCAAGAACAGCAAGCCAAACAGCAACAACAGCAGCAGCAGCAGCAGCAAACGAAGCAGAACAAGCAGCAGCAGCAGCAGCAGCAGCAGCAUUCGAAUGAAGGACGAGGAUAUCUAAGACCAGAGACAGCUCAGGGUAUAUUUGUGAACUUUCGGAGAUUUUACGACUAUAACGGGGGCCGCAUGCCUUUUGCUGUUGCUCAAAUAGGGUUAGGGUUUAGGAAUGAGAUAGCACCGAGAAACAGUUUAAUUCGCUGUCGCGAGUUCUUAAUGGCUGAGAUCGAGCACUUCUGUAAUCCUGAAGAGAAGAAUAACUUUGAAAGAUUUGAAAAGGUCAAAAAUGAAGUGCUGCCCUUAUUUAGUAAGGAAUCGCAACUGGGAUCGGGGAUCGUCUCCCGAUCCCAGACACUUGAACAAGCUGUGGGGUGUGGGGUUAUCAAUAAUAAAACUCUUGCGUAUUAUCUUGCUAAAACGUUUUCUUUCUUAAAAACACUCGGCUUAAAUGAUAAAUUUAUCCGCUUUAGACAACAUCUAGACUCCGAGAAGGCACACUACGCAACAGACUGCUGGGAUGCUGAAGUUAAAACUGCUGCAGGGUGGAUUGAAGUCGCUGGGCAUGCUGAUAGAGCUGGUAAACCCUAA